AUGGAGUUCAUUUUUGGCUCGAAAUUUGACUUCGAAAGCGCCCGAAAAUGGGCUUCAGAAAUGGAGUGGACGAUGGUGAACAUUUCGUUCACCUAUGUGGUCACCAUAUUUUUGAUCAAAUAUGCAAUGCGGGACAGGAAGCCGUAUGAGCUGCAACGGCCGCUGGUCAUCUGGAAUGCACUACUUGCGAUUUUUAGCAUUCUUGGUGUCGCAAAAAUAACGCCAGUCCUCCUGCAGCAUAUUACCACAAAAGGAUAUAUCAGUAGUUUCACUGAAAUUGGACCAUGCUAUACGGACAAUGUUGCUGGUUACUGGACCUUUUUGUGGGUUAUUUCAAAAAUCCCAGAACUUCUGGAUACGAUAUUUAUUGUGCUGCGGAAGCGGCCAUUGAUUGUGAUGCACUGGUACCAUCAUGCACUCACCGGAUAUUUUGGUUUUGUCACGUAUGGCACUGGAAAUGCUUACAUGAUUUGGGUUGUUUGGCCGAAUUUCGUCGUUCAUUCACUUAUGUACAGGUACCAUUUCUUAUUCAUUUUCUGGCUUUUUGAUUUCUUCGAAGUGUUUUGAUA